AUGGAGGACGAGGAGGACGUGCUGGAGGAGGCGGGGCGGCUGGCGCCCGCCUGCAACACGACGGAGGAGGACGCGCGCACCGCCGCCGUGCGCUACUACUGCUACGGCGUGGCGCUGCCGGCCGUGUGCGCGCUCGGCAUCCUGGGCAACGCGCUCAACCUGCUCGUGCUCACGCGACGCAACAUGAAGGGCAUCGCCUACGUCUACAUGCGCGGACAAGGAUGAUGGUGGAAUUUUCUUUGUUUACUACAGUAGUCAGACAAAAGCGUCUGAUUGAAAGGAAGUGAUUAUGGAAUUAAUAAGUCUCUCCCAAAAAUUGUAAUUAGAUGUAAGAAAGGCAAUCUUAUAUCUAACAAAUAAAGUUGGAAGCCAUUUCCGUGUUCGUCAGAUCUGUAAGCUUCUUUCCAAAUGUGUUUGAAAUGAAAUUAUUUCAUGAAAUGAAAACUAAGACCUUUUCGUAAAAUAAUUGUAUUUUCAUAAAAUAAUAAUAUAUAUUUAGUAAUUCUAUCUUAAUAAUACGUUUGUUUUUAAAUUUUUCUUCAAAGGAAUGUUACAAUUUUUCUCA